AUGUCAGACGAGGUCGAGAAAGUAGAGGAUAGAGCUGAAGUAGCGGAGUCGAAUGAAGAUCACGUCGGAAAGUUACAGCAUGAUAGCAAACGAUGUGCAGUAUUAGCUUUGACUUUAACAAUCCAACAUUCUUACUAUUGGACUGAACGAAAACUUGAAGAAGAAGAAGAAGUAAAAGAAUGUAAACGUAAGAAAACUUCGCCUGACGAAGGUGAAACUGGAUCUGAUAUGGCGAGUGGUUUCUUCGCUCCAUCCCGACUAAAACCAGCAGCUAUUCCUGUUAUGCAAUUUACUAACUUAACAAGCGAAUCAUCCAGUUCCUUCGGUGGCUCUGCAUGGAAAGAAGCAUUGAAUAUCAAGCAACCAUUCUCAUUCAUGAGUUGCCAUAGUGAGAGUGUGAAGAGUUCUAGCAGUAACCAGGAUAAUGAUAAUCUACCAACAAAGGGCGACAAUUUUGCUUUAAACGGUGAUGAUAUAACGAAAGAAAACAUUUUUCAGAAGUUUCUAAAAAAAAAUGAUUCCCAAAAUGCGAACUCAAAAAGCGAAACUAGUGAAAAUAAUCCAUCGAAAUCCGAUACCAAAAUUACGGAAGAAUCAGACCCGGAAAAAACACAGAAAAUUAGCACUGAAGUUCAAGAAAGUAGCAAAGACGAUGCAGAAAAGAACGAACCUAGCAGUUCCAGUUUUGAGAAAUCUCUGCCAAUUGGAAGUACGAAACUCGAUAGAAAAUAUGAAGAAGUUCCAGUGGUCACUGGCGAAGAACACGAAACACAAAUGAUAGAGAUGCCUUGUCAAUUAUAUAAGUUUGUACCAUCUUCGAAAGUAUGGCAAGAAUGUGGCAGAGGAAUUUUACAUUUAAAUGAUUCAAAAUCGCCAGAUAAUGAAGUAUUGCAAUCUCGAAUAGUUAUUAGGGCUAACGCUACCCAUCGAGUUAUUCUUAAUACAAAAGUAUGGCCGAAGAUGAAAGCUGAAAAAGCGAAUAGUACAUCACUACGUUUUACGGCAUAUGAUAUGAACUCUGAAGUUUGUAUCUAUUUAAUUCAGUCUCGAAAUUCGGAUCUAAUCAAACAACUGCAACAAGCCAUCGAUGUUCGCACUAGAUCACUCUAA